UGAGAAAGUGCUCGGAGUUUUGGAAAUAGAGGAGGAGGGUGAGCUUUACUGAGCCGGGAUUUACGGGUGUUGGGGGCAGCAUCACUUUGUGAAGUUUACACCGGUUAUUUCCUGGACUCCGCAAUCUGUUGUCUGAGCCGGUUUGUUUACAUUCAGUAGUCCGGACGUGUAUUCACGGUUCGACACGCUCCAGCUUCUUUGGCUGGCGUUCAGAGACUUGCUCCUGUGAGUAUAAUGUUACCCAGUCAGGUCGGGUCGGCACCAUCUGGAAACGGGUCGGCAUCGGUCAGGACUGCGACGGGACACGGACCGGGGAUUCGUCCCGUUUUGGUCCGAGCGGGUCAAGCCUUAGCGGGUAUCGGUGAGAGCGGCGGAGCUGCAGGGCGGCAGGCGGAGAGGGAGGCUGCUGGGAUGCUGGGGGCAAACGGGCCAGGAGGCUCCAGAGGGGCGAGACCAGGAAACGGGACUGGGCUGAACCCCCUGCAGACAGCCGUCCAAGGCGGCAUUGUGGGGUUAAACACCGGGGUGGUUCUACCCCACGGAGCCCGCUUCGACCCGGACCGAGACGGCGCUCCUCUCUGCAGCGGCUCGGACAAUGAUUCUGAUUCCGGAGACGAGGAUGACCCGGUGGGGUCACUCGGGGACAGCCGGAGAGGGGUGAAGCGGGAGAGGGGGGAGAUGGAAGGGGCGGCGGCGGGGCAGGAGCUGGGAGUACCCCCCGGAGGGUACGGCAUGGUGACCGGUGGAGUUGCCGGGGCAAAGCCGGGAAAGAAGACACGUGGGCGGGUAAAAAUAAAGAUGGAAUUUAUCGAUAACAAGUUGAGACGCUACACCACGUUCAGCAAGAGGAAGACUGGUAUUAUGAAAAAGGCUUAUGAACUCUCCACCCUGACGGGAACCCAGGUUCUGCUGCUGGUGGCCAGCGAAACGGGUCACGUCUACACUUUCGCCACCCGAAAACUCCAGCCAAUGAUCACCAGCGAAACGGGUAAAGCACUGAUCCAGACGUGCCUUAACUCACCAGACUCGCCGCCUCGCUCCGACCCUUCCAUGGACCAGCGCAUGAGCGCCACUGGCUUUGAGGAGACGGAUCUCACCUACCAGGUGUCGGAGUCGGAGAGCAUGGGUGACACAAAGGACACACUGAAGCCAACAUUCACUGUUGCCAAUCUACCUGGUGCUACGAGCAGCGCCCAGUCCACCGUACCCACCACCUCCACCACCAUGCAGGUGAGCACCGGGGCUUCAUUUCCCAUCACCAACUACCUGGCCCCCGUCUCGAGCAGCAGCAACAUCAGCGCCAACGGGACGGUCCUAAAGACGGCUGGGGGCUCCGCGGGCGUCAUGCAGCUUCCCAGCGGCUUCACCUUCAUGCCCGCAGGCACUCCUCUCCCCCCCAGCACCCCCACCAUUCCUCUGAGCCAGCUACAGCAGCACUUUCUGGCCCUCCAGGGGCAGCAUGGUCAGACCCUGGCCGCCACCCCGAAGCCACAGCAGGGACAGCAGGCUGUCCUCCGCUUCCCUGCUGCUGUCUCCCUCACAGGAGCAGGGGUUCCUCAGCAGCUCCAGGCCAUCCAGGUCCAUCCCAACACACAGCCCACCUCCACCAGCGACAGCAGCCCUGAGAUCUCUCACACCUCCACCAACUCCACCGCAACGGUGAGUCUCCCGGCAACCAUUGUCACUUCGUCCGUGCCAACGUCUGUACCGGGUCACAUGAUGUACCCCAGCCCUCACACAGUGAUGUACGCUUCCACGCCGACGCUGGCCGACGGAGGGCUGGCUGUGCUCAACGCCUUCUCCCAGGGAACCUCGGCCAUGCAGGUGUCCCACGCGCACAGCCAAGACUCAGGUGCUGUCCCUCAGGUGUUCCUCACAGCACCUCCGGGCACGGUGCAGAUCCCUGUCUCAGCAGUGCAGCUACACCCAGUACGGCAAGAUCUGCAUUUCACAAAUGGUGAUUGGACAGCAGUCGAGCGGCAGCAGCAGUAACCUGACGGAGCUCCAGGUGGUUAAUUUGGAUACAGCACAAAGCUCGAAGGGAGACUGACAGACGGCUGGAGCUGUUUAAUAUGGCAGACCCAGGGACACACACACACACACACACACAUCUCUAUUUAUUGAUGCCUUCCUAUUAAAUUACCAUCACUCUUCUGAAUGUGAUUUAUCAGUAUAUAUAUAAACACGAUGAAGGGCAUAUGUGUGGCAGGCCCUUAAUAUGAAGUAAGUUUUGUUUUUUUGGUAUAUAAAUAUAUAUAUAUUUGCAAAUACAUAUGAGAUAAAUCACUAUAUUAUAAUUGGAGCCUAUUUUCUACGCUGUUAGAUGGUGUUUUUUUUUUUUUUUAGUGUGAGCUUUGUUUCAGUUUGACAAAAUGUAUUUACACACAGAGACUGCGACGUGCCACCAGCUUCACACCAGCCAAAGAGACAUUUGUUUGUCUGAAUGUUCCUGUGUGAGCCAUCCGUGCACAAGCAUGUGCCUGUGUGUACACACAUCUGGGGUUUUGUAAACGGGGCAGGAAGUCUCUUCCUGCCUUAAAACUAAACAAAAUAAUAAUAAUAAAAAAACAUUUGGAAAUGUAAAUAGUUUUUAAAAACAAAAUAACAAAGUUGUAUUUUUAGCUCGGUUCAGUUUGUGCUACAGCAUGUUUUUUUUUUUUCUUCUUUUUUUACGUGAUAUGUUUUAUAUGUACAUGAAAAGACUUGCAUAGAGAAACUGAAUUAUUUACAUGGACAUGUAAAAUAAUUUAAUGCAUCAUCCGUCACUACAAGAUGGAGACAGAGCGCUGGUAUCUAUGAUUUUCUGUGCAUUAUUAUUUUUUUUUUUCACAUUUUGAGUUGAAGUUUUUCAAAUCAUGUAACUUUGUCAGUGAAGGUAUAACACUUAUAUUUGACUGCUAAUAUAUUCUUUACUUUGGUAGAGAAGAUUUCAGUACUGUGCCCUUGUCUGGAAAUGUUCGACUUUGACAAUCGGAUACAAUCCUUUGCCACCUAAAUUUUUUGUUUGGUUUGUAAAAAGACGUACAUCAUUGGUUAAAAAUAUGUAAAAAGCCUUAAAAUAUUUUAUUGCUGCAGCAUGAAAUGUUUUGAAAAAUCCUGCCUUAAAUUGACAGAUUUGGACAUAUUUUUCAAGGUUUCCCAUGAGCCACUGGGCCCAUAGCAUGACCGAUCCUCCACUUUACUUAACACAAGGCAUGCUGUGUUUGUUUGUUUUUUUCUCAGAGCAAAGCACACGGUUCCUUUAAUGUCCAAUAAAAUUCCUCAAACUGCUCUUCGAUAUUUUCUAUUUUAAAACCUGAAGGGGUGUUUCAUAAAACUGGCUGGGUUACUUAGUCAGGCUUAUUCUGGCUUGUUGUCAUUUGGGUUUCAUAAAACCGGCUAACUGUUUGACUUGGUUACUAUGGCAACUGACCCAGUAAACUCAGCUUGACCAGGUGCAGAGCCGACUAAAUUUAAACUCUGAAUCCAGCACUAGAUUGAGUAUUAUCAUUUGGCCUUAAUGCAUGAUGUCAUCAAAAAUGGCUACAAGUUAUGAGCUUUUGUAAAUAUAGAAGGUAUAAAGGCAGCAUAUCUGAAUAUUUUUUUUUUCCCCACCUUGUUUAAAGAUGUUUGCCUAAUCCAGAAAAGGCAUCCUCACCCAGGAUGCGUCAGAGACUGUCGAGGAGGUCGUAAAGGAGGGGGCAGCACCCUGUUUCUACAUUAUUCAUUUUUAAUUUACCACCUUAACUGGUACACAGCUUAAAUCAAGCCCUUAUUUUCUCUGCAUAGGCCUGCCUUUCCUUUGUGGUAGGGUAAAAUAAAUCAAUGGUGGUCCUCCCAAAGUCUGUCACUGUUUUUUUUUUUUUGGCUACAAUGUAAAUAAAUAGCCCAGAUUUCUAGUGCCUAAAUCUUUUUGUUGCCUUGUCAAAAUAACGAUCAGAGUUGAGUUUUUUGUACUUUCUCACCUGUUUCCAGGUGCGUAUGUCGCCACUAGUUUUACUGAAAGAGUUAAAUGUAGAACAUGUUAAUUUCACAGACUGAAAUCUGAGUCUUUACUGGCUGCAGUUCAUGGGACUGAAAAAAAGUAUUUGAUUAAAACAAACACUAUAGGCUUACACUUAAGUGAAAUGUUUACAUACCUGAUUUAAUUUGGAUGUGUCUUGAAAUAAUGUGUAGAAUAAGUGACAAUUUACGUAUUUAACCUUUCCCUACUUUUUUAUUUUUCAAUUUAAAUGUCUGAACUCCUGAUUCAG